AUGAGGUCAGUUUUUUGUAAGAAAUUAGGGUUGAGGUUGGAUGGUCUGAGGGAGGCACCGGUGAUGGGGAAUUUGGGGAGUCUGUAUGGGCAGGUUACAGCGUUUUAUAAUUACUGGUUAGGGUUUUGUACGGUAAUGGAUUUUUGUUGGGUGGAUCAGUACGAUGUGAUGGCCAGGCCAAAUCGGAAAUCAAGGAGGGUGAUAGAGGAGGAGAACAAGAAGUUGAGGAAAAAGGCCAAGAGGGAGUAUAAUGAGAUGGUGAGGGGGUUGGCGGAAUUUGUGAAGAAGAGGGAUAAAAGAGUGAUUGAUAUGAUGGUUAAGAAAAAUGUGGAGUUGGAGAAAAAGAAAGAGGAGGAGAGGGAGAGGAAGAAGAAGUUGGAGAGAGAGAAAAUGGAGAGAGUUGGAGCAUAUGAGGAACCGAAGUGGGCAAGAGUGAAUGAAGAGGAUGUGGAGGAGGUGGUGGGGUUUGAGGAGGAAGGAAAGGGUAAGAAGGGGAAUGGAGGGAAAAAGUUGUAUUGCGUGGUGUGUGGAAAAAAGUUUAAGAGUGAGAAGCAAUGGAAGAAUCAUGAGCAGUCGAAGAAGCAUAAGGAGGUGGCUGAGUUCAGGGAGUCAUUUGGGGAUGAUGAAGAAGAGACAAUAGAAGAUUUUGAGGAGGAUGAACAAGGAAACAAUGAAGAAAUGGUUAACAAUGUUGACGAGGUAAAUGCGAGGUUUAGAGAGGAUUUCACGAUAAGGAAGAGAAUGGGGUUGAGAAUGCAGAAUUGUGAGAUGAGGAAGAUGGGUUCUUUGAUGUUGAGGACGGUGAUGAGGUGGAAGGAUUUGAUAUGGCAGAUGGGAAUGUUGAUGAUGAUGAGGUUUGGAUGA